CUGGCUGCCAUUCCGGCUGCCCCUCCCGGCGUCGCGGCAUGCCCACCCUCCGGCAAGUCGCCGUGGGGCUGCGGUUUCUCCUGACGCCGCGGCGCCUGCUGCCGCUGCUCAUCGGCGGUAGCCUGUUGCUGCUGUUCACUCUGAUGCUGGUCCUGCCUGGGGAUGACCCGGGGGCAGAUCCGGCGGUCGGGCCGCGUCACUUCCGCGGUGCGCGCGAUGAUGGGCCCCUGCUGGAGUCCUUCCCCGGGGGCCUCGGGGCCGAGCUCGGGCCCGGGCUCGGGGCGCUGAGAGACGAGUGUCUGGCCCCGGGCCCGGAGACCGUCCUGUCGGUGGGUGACUGGGCCGAGCCGGGCACCCGGGCGGCCCUGGCGGCCGCGCCCUGCGGCAUCGACUCCCGGUGGUUGCCGACCGUGACCGGGGUGCAGGAGAUCCGGCCCGGGGGUCGGGCCCCGGCCGAGGUGGCCGCCGGGCCGAUCUUCUGGGCCAAUUACUGUCCCGCUGGCGGGGGGGCCUGGGGCCGCCUGCUGCCGAAGGUCGUGUCCACCGGGGGCGGGUCCGCCGGUUCGAGCAGCGUCUCCAGUGGCCCUGUGAGCUCGUCGAGCCGGGCUGCCCCCGACAUGGGGCCGCGGUCGCACUGUGCCACCAGCGAGUAUCACCCCCUGGCCGAGCGGCUGGACUACCUGAUCCUCGGGCGGGAUCUGCCCUGUCCGGCCCUGGUGCUGGAGGCGGCGCCGCCGCGGCCGACGUCGCGCUGGGCCCAUGUCCCGGCGGGGAACGCCUCGCCGGCCGAGCCCCUUCGGUCGGUCCUGACGCCCGAGCGGGAGGCCCUGCUCGGGGAGCUGGCCCGGCGCCGGGCCCUCUUCCAAGCGCCCCGGCCGCAUGUGUUCCUGCAUCUGCCGAAGUGCGCCGGCACGGCGCUGGCCACGAUGGCCCGCAUCCGCGGGGACACCGGCUUCGCGCAGUUCUGGGGUACCCCCACCACCGAGGCCGAGCUGGGACGUGCCGCCGCGGCGGACUUCAUCUUCGGCCAUGUCCGGCACGGGGUCCACUCGCUGAUGCGCCACACCGACGGCACGUCCCGGCCCUGGGCCAACUACUUCACCAUCAUGCGCGAGCCGGUCAAGCGUGUCAUCUCGCAUUACUUCUAUCACAAGUCCGAGAAGAAGGACCCGUAUCACUAUCUGGCUGACACCCAUGGGCUGGACGAGUGGGUGCAAAUCCACCCAGACGCCAAGAACAUUCAGACACAGUACCUGUCCGGGACCUAUGGGCCGCCGGAUGCCAUGGCCUUUGCGGUGGCCAUGCGCAAUCUCCUGGAGGCGCGCUUUGUCGGCCUCUUUGAGCGGCUCCCGGAGUCGGCCCUCAUGCUACGCUAUGAGGCCGGCUUCGAGGAGCUGAUGUUUGCCCGCACCAAGGCCGUGCAGGGCGAGCGCCCGGUUGUCACCCAGGAGCAGCGUCAGCUCAUUGCGGAGCGGAAUAAUUUCGACAUCCAGCUGUACGAGCUGGCCAAGCAGCGCUUCGAGGAGUCCCGCCAGCGCCUGGGCGGGGAGUUCUUCGACAUGGCGGUCGGCAUCUACAAGGAGGCCUUGGCUGCCUACCAGGAGAAGGUGGGCUGCCGGGGGUGCCUGACCGGCACGCCGACCGCCAGCCCACGGGCAACGGCCGGCUGACGCGCCGGCGAUCUUUGUCAUAUGUUGGUCAGCUUCUCCCCCCCCCCCCCCCCCCC